AUGUCUCAGGAAGCUACGAUCAUAGCAGUUGAUAAUAGUGAUUACAUGAGGAAUGGGGACUUCUUCCCAACACGUCUGCAGGCGCAAAAUGAUGCUGUCGGUUUGAUCUGCCAGAGCAAGCGUCAACGUAAUCCAGAAAAUACCAUUGGUUUGUUGUCCCUUGCAAACACCGAAGUACUUUGUACGCUAACAAAUGAUGUGAGUAAGAUAUACAAUCGUUUACACCUUGUGGAGCCAAAGGGCAGGAUUAUUUUCUGCUCAUCAAUAAGGAUAGCCCACCUCGCACUUCGUCAUCGACAAUUGAGACAUCAGAAAAUGAGGAUCGUAUGUUUCAUCGGUAGUCCCAUAUUAGAAGAUGAAAAAGAAUUGACUAGGCUUGCCAAGCGUCUCAAAAAAGAGAAAGUAAAUGUCGAUAUUAUUAACUUUGGUGAGAAUGAAACAAAUGAGCAAAAGUUGUCAGAAUUCAUCGACACAUUGAAUGGAAAGGAUGGAACAGGUUCUCACCUCAUAUCUGUUGCCCCGGGGACAGUCUUACACGAUACUUUGAUGACAAGCCCCGUUGUUGCUGGUGAGGAUGGUUCUGGCAUGGCUGGUGCCGGGUUAGGUUUGGAGUUUGGAUUAGAUGGGGCAGAAGAUCCUGAUUUACUCUAUGCCCUCAGAGUAUCAAUGGAAGACCAGCGCAUGCGUCAAGAACAUGAGGUUAAUGGAGAUGGUAGUAAUACUUCAGUUGUAGCAACAUCGUUACCAGCUGGGUCAGGAACGUCCGAAGAAGCUAUGCUUCAGCAGGCUUUGGCUAUGUCAAUGCAAAUGAAUAAUACCGAGUCUUCAUCCUUGCCUAUGGAUAUCGAUCUGGCAGCUAUGUCAGAAGAAGAUCAGAUAGCAUAUGCACUGCGCAUGUCUUUACAACAGAUGGGAGAGGAAACGACUCAACCUACCACCACUACAUUGGAGUCCGACAAGACUAUUGUUGAACCCUCUGGUGUGGCUAUGGAUAUAGAUCAGACUCCAACUAAAGUUACUGAAAAUCCAAAUUUAUCUUCUAGUUCCGGUACAUUGGCAGCUGCAACAUCAGCUGUUCCUACAUCUGCUGACUUGGAUGUUAUGUACGAUGCUGAAUUUUUGGAAUCUGUUUUACAAAGUUUGCCUGGUGUGGAUACUCAGAAUGAAGAUGUUCGCAAGGCUAUAAAUGCUCUAACUAAGUCCCAGUCACAGCGAGGUUCAAAGAAAGAUGAAAAAGAAGAUGAGGAUAAGCAGAAUAGUUAA